CACAAAAAUUAUGACGUUUCACACAUACACACACUUUGAUGACAUCCUCAUUCAACAUGGCGGACAGCGAGGAAAAUAUUUUCGCCAGCGACGCACUUUUUGAAGAAUUUGAGCGGGAAGAAGACGAAGAGAAUGGCGGAGACCUUAUCCCCGCAGACGCUCUCGGCGAGCUGCAGAAGGAGAUCAACGCAGUGUGCGAAGAAAACGACGCCUUGAAGCGGAAACUUCGGGUACUUUCCGCACCGGUCUCCGAGUCGGUUUCGGAAACUGUGGACGGACCCUCCGUGCAAGUUUUGUUCAUGAACAACGCUAUCGCCACAAAAUACAGGCAGGAUGUAGAACAGUUCUUCCUACACUUGAUGCAGAAGGAGUCUGAGCGUAAGAAUGACAAGAUAGAUCAGGCUGUGGUGCAUCCGCCGCCGCAGAGGUCUUCCUUCGCGCUUCAGUUGGGGAGGGGGGCGACUGAAAGUGAAAGUGUGGAGUCACGUGAGGUGAGACAGUUGUACACAGUGACGGGGAGUGUACAGUUCUAUCAGAGCUACUGUGUGGACCACCUGGGACAACCUCUCAUUGACGGAGAUGCCAAGAUUUCUGAAGGAUGGGACAUCCCUACGUAUGAACAGAUUUACUUUGAUGCGCUGUCCUCUGACGGCCAGGACAGUGUUAAGGUGGGUAAAAAGAAGGACAAGCCGUCUUGUUUUAACUGUGGAGGGGACCAUGCCGUCAGGGACUGUACCCAGCCUCGCGACCACAGGAGGAUCAGUCAGAACAGGAAACUCUUCAUGGACCAGUGCGGCUCACCCAGGACUCCAAGUGGGAAUCGUUACCAUGCCGACCUGGACCCCAAGUUCACCAAGUUCAAGCCGGGUGUGGUCAGUCCUGACCUGAUGAAGGCUCUAGGAGUGACCAGUCAUCAGCUGCCUCCCUUCAUAUACCAGAUGAGAAAACUGGGCUACCCUCCUGGCUGGCUGGCUGAAGCAGAGGAGACCACCUCAGGUCUGAGUCUGUACAGUAAGACUGGCAAGAAAGUCAAUGAAGAAGGGGAGGAAGUGGAGGAUGGGGAGCUUGACACUGGUGAUGACAAGAAGCCGACCUACAACACCAAUAAGAUUGUGGCGUACCCAGGGUUCAAUGUGCCGGUCCCAGAGGGGAUAGACGACAUGGGACACAGAAUUGGACUACCCAUGCAGCCUCACCAGCAGCGUGAAGUUCUGGUUUCUUACCUCGAACCGUCGUCGGGAGGAACCAAACGUGCCGCGGAGGACGACACCCCGCGCUGCUCCAAGCGACAGAAGCGUGAGGAAUCUGACAUGGACGUCGACACCUCUGGCACCGAAGACAACUGCAUCAAGGAGGUGGUUCCCCCUCCUCCUAAAGAUGGAAUCUUCCAACCUCCGCUUCCCCCAACGUCAGAAACCGCCACGCCACCACGUGAACCAACCAAUGACUCGAGCGCAUCCGAGAGCGAAGGAACAGAGAAACCCCUCCCGUGUAAAGAAAGCGACAAUGACACAAACUCCAACGUAGAAAACAGAGAUGAAAUCAUAGAAAGGACAAUAGGAAGAAAAGAUGUGGACAGUCAAGACUCUGAUACGGGAAUGGAAGACUGGGUAGUGAUCGAUUCAGAGAGUUUGGAACAAACUAGCGACUCACCCGAUGUUAAAGAUGACGUCACAGAGAACGCCAGCCUAAGUUCGGACAAAGACAGCAGUCAGGAUAUGCCUGAGGACUAUUUCUCACCAAAGGGACUUCCACACAGGAGCAAGUUCGCAGACGGAAUCACUCCCUUUGUGGAAAAGGAGAACUUGACAGAACUGAAAGGCACUUUCCAGAAGCUUCUAGGUGUCCUGAAAGGGAACAAGAAGAAAAAAUAGAACUAGAAGUAGUGCUUGGAUUAGAAAAAGAGGAAUUUUUAAGUCUUCUUUUUUUGGUGCAGGGAUACGUACAUUUUUACAUAGCAAUGAUAACAGUAAAAUGUUUUACAAUGAGCUUCUUAACAGUUUGAACUGCACAUGUAGGAGUUUAAAAGUGAAGGCCUCUAAUCUGUAAAUAGUUCUUGUGUAGUCCAUGUUUGAUACAUGUCCAGAUGUGUUUUGUUUUAGAG